AUGUGUAUUUCAUGUCCCUCUGGAUUUUAUUUGACAAGUGAACAUACAUGUAAAGAAAUGCUAUUGGCAGUGAUCUGUAAAGUUGGGUAUUACUACAUUUCAAAAGACUGUAAACAAUGUGACACAUCAUGCUAUUUCUGUUUAGACGACAAACAGUCAAAUGAAACAAUGUUGUGUCUUCCAUUCAACGAACUGACUCAAUUUUGUCUUAAAAAGACCAAAAAUGGGUGCGCCAGUUGUCAAACGGGAUAUUUCUUCUCAAACGGUCGAUGCUCAAAGUGUUUCGAAACUUGUUUAAAGUGCACUUCAAUGACUUAUUGUUCCGAGUGCUCCGACAAUUAUGUAAAUAUUGACUAUACGUGUCACCACCAUUCUAUAAUUCAAUAUUGCACAGCUGCAACAAAUGAUCGAUGUACUAAAUGUAAAUCUGGCAUGCAACUGAUGACAGUGGGUCUUUUUGCAAGACUGCAAAGUGCUAUGAUAUUAUAUUUGGGACAAUUGUAG